CCCCCCCCCCCUCCGCACCAUGGACGCCCUCACCCUGCGCGAAAUGCUCAACUCGACGGAAAUCAGCAGGCUUUUGUGCAACUUGGGCCCCGGAAACGUGUCUGGAUGUGAGCCUACGAGACUCGCUCGACCGGACGCCAACGUGAAAGAUUUCGGCAACGCCGUGCGUGUUUUCCUGUACUGUGUCAUCUUCCUCAUCAGCGUGGUGGGCAACGGCCUCAUCAUCGCCGUGCUGUCUCGAAACCUGCGCAUGCGCACCGUCACCAACCUCUUCUUGCUCUCCCUGGCCGUGAGCGACCUGAUGGUCGCCCUGGUGUGCAUCCCCUUCACCCUCAUCUCCAACCUCAUGCGGACCUUCAUCUUCGGCAACGGCACAUGCAAGAUGAUCAUGUACUUCAUGGGUAUGGCGCCGCUGGCCGUGGAAUCACAGUACUGACGUUGUAAUGAGCUGCCGCUGGACUCUUUGACAUCGCCCGAGAACACGACGCGACCGUGUGCCCGUUUGCAACCGAAACCCCUCGGGCGUCAAACGAGAAGGUCUCAAACGCGACCAAUUGCGA